AUGGAGAUGGCCAAUGGGACCACCAUCCAGGAAUUCAUUUUGGUGGGCUUUGGAGAUGGGCAACAGAAACGUUUCCUGCUUCUCGUCUUUUUCACCACCCUCUACAUUCUCACUUUGGCCGAGAACCUCAUGAUUAUCACACUGGUGGUCCUGGACACCCAUUUAUCCCGGCUUCCCAUGUACGUCCUGCUGAGCAACUUCUCCUGGCUGGAAGUGUGUUAUGUGAGUGUAACUGUGCCCCGGAUGCUGUUUGACCUGGCGUCCCCUCAUGGAGGAAUCAUCCCCUUUCACGAUUGUUUGGCUCAGUUCUACCUCUUCUUUUCUCUUGGAAGCACCGAAUGCUUCUUCCUCUCAGUCAUGGCCUUGGACCGCUACUUAGCCAUCUGCCACCCACUGCGCUACCCACAAAUCAUGUCCCUGGAUUCCUGCUAUGCCCUGGUGGCUACUUGCUGGGUCCUUGGCUUCCUGUGGAAUGUUGUCCCAGUGACCUUGAUCUCCAAAUUGUCCUUCUGUGGGCCAAACAUCAUUGAUAAUCUGCUGUGCGAUCCUGGGCUGAUUAUGUCCCUGGCCUGCCCCCCACUAGGAAAUGUUCCUUUCAUCUGUCAGCUUUCUAUGACUUCUGGGGUUUUAGUCAAUAUCUUAUUUGUUGUGCUCUCCUAUGGUGUUGUGAUUCUUACUCUGGUGAAAGCCUCUAGCCGGGGAAAUCGUAGGAAGGCUUUCUCCACAAUAUCAUUCCAUCUAAUUGUGGUGACACUUUUUUACGGGUCAGUAGCAGCCGUCAAUUUAAUUCCACGUGGAGAAAGCCAGUCAGAUCUCAAUGCGGCCGUGACGUUGUUCUACACCGCUGUUACUCCCUUUCUCAACCCGCUGAUCUACUGCCUGAGGAAUGAUCAGGUGAAAGAGGCACUGGGACGGUUGUUGAGGAACACAGAGAAAUGGCGGAGCAGAAUUGUGACAGAGUGA